AGAAGUGGAAGAAGAAUAAGUCAGGUUAUGUUAAUUUUCAAUUUAUUUAUUUGCGUCCCUGAAAAAAGAAAUCGGCAAACGGAAGAGAAUUGGGAAGGGAUUGGUGGUCGAUGUAAUCGUCAUAUUUAUUUUUAAUAGAAAUUACGGAUAGAUGAACCUAUAAUCCGAUUGUUUGUAUAAUUAUUAACGAUAGUCGAGGAGUGGCAGUCAGUUUUGACUCAAAACACAAAUUUUUCUCUCAUAAAGUAGGACCUACUCUGCAUUUGCGCUAUUUUGCUUAGUUUUGUCAUUAAAGUGAGUGUUUCAUUUGCAACUCAGCUAUGGGAUCACGCGUGACCGAUCCUGAAAUUUUAGUCAACGCGGACCGGUUUGAACGCGUCGAAAGCUCCGAUGCUAUUAAACAUCCAAAUGGCAUAAAACCGAUAAAUUCCGAGAAAAUCAUGUUUAAAAAUGUUCUAGUAAAAUUCUCGAAAAGGGCAUUUCUUGUUUUGGUUGGGUACCUUGUUUGUUACUUAAACGUGUCACUCAUUUUACCCGUAUUAGCUCUGUGCACGUUUAUAUGGUAUGAUUCGACCCGCUCAGAGAAGACCGUAAAAAUACGACAAAAAAUAGCAGCUAGUGGCCUGACCAAGGAACACUUUAAGAAGAUCGUAGAAGAGCUGCCUUCAUGGGUGACGUUUCCGGACAGGGAAAGAGCCGAGUGGCUCAACGAGAUAAUUACGCAACUGUGGCCAAGCCUAAACUGUUUCGUCGUAAAAUACUGCAGGGGCAAAAUCCAAACGAACAUCAGAAAGAAAGUGGAUUCUUUCAGGUUCGAGGACCUCGAUUUUGGUAACAAGCCACCGAAAAUUGACGGCGUUAAGGUUUACGAUAAAUUCGUCGCCAAGGAAGCCGUCAUUAUCGACUUCGAAGUCUUUUACGACGGUGAUUGCGACAUUAAUUUCUCGGUGUCGGGUACCCAGGUGGGUAGAAUUCGAGAUUUUCAGAUGGGGGUUGACGUGCGGGUCGUUUUAAAACCGAUCCUGCUCAAAUCGCCCAUAAUCGGGGGCGUGCAAAUAUUUUUCCUUAAUCUGCCCGACAUCAGUUUCGACCUGGAGGGUAUCACCGGGAUACCGGGCUUGAGUUACAUCGUACGGCAAAAAAUCGAGGAGAUCAUCUACAAGAAGGUGGUCUUUCCGAACAAUAUCACCAAAAGGUUUACUAAAACGAUCGAGGCUGCUGAAUUGAAGUCUAUUGAGCCGGAGGGCGUAUUGAGGGUGCACGUUUUCGAAGCGAAGGAUCUAGAAAAAAAAGAUGUUACCGGCAAAUCCGAUCCUUACGUCAUCUUGAACGUGGGUGCGCAAGAGUUUAAGACGCACAUCAUCAAACGGGAUUUAAAUCCCAAAUGGGACUGUUAUUGCGAGUUCAUCGUUUUGGAUCCGCUCGCACAGCAACUAUACUUUAAGCUCUACGACCAGGACGAGUUCAGGGAGGACGACUUCCUUGGCAGCGGUGCUGUUGAAAUAUUCAAGGUGAUCAAGGACCAAGAUAAUGACCGAUGGUUUGCCCUGGAUGACGCUAAACACGGAAAAAUCCACUUGCGUUUUAGUUGGCUGGGUCUGUCAGCGCAAAGGGACAACGUCGAUGCCGCGCUUCAAGAGACCAGAUUGCUAAAAACUGAAAAUCUACAUUCCGCUCUGCUCGUGGUAUACGUAGACAGCGCUGUCAACCUAAAGAAAAUCAAGAGCUACAAGAAACCGGACCCGUACAUGGUACUGACGGUGGGCCGUAACCAAGUCAAGAGCAGAGUCAAAAAGCAUACCACGAAUCCCAUUUGGGAACAGGGUUUUUACCUUUUGGUCAGGAACCCGGAAAACGAUUCCCUCAUCGUCAACAUAAUCGACAAGCACACGGAUGCUACUUUGGAUCGUUUCGUCUAUAGUGUACGCAGCUUGUUGGGUAAGGAAUCGAUGCAGGUCAGCAAAGAGGAAAUUGAGCUGAGUGCAAAUCCGAAUAGUAAAAUAAUCGUGUCUGUGCAGUUAAGGAUAUUGCACAACGCUUUGUUCGAAACCGACUAUUCGGACUCCGAUCCGGAAGAAUACAGGCCGAACGAGGCCGAAGAAUUCAGUCGGUUUGAUUCGGAAGAAAAUGAAUCGAACAAACUGAUCGAGGAAUCGAUAAGGAAAUCGCAGAGUUCGUCCGUUGGGGCCCCGCCCACCAUUCGCACGUCACAGUUUCAAACGCUGCCUGAACAUCUCGGAAGGAUAGAACUGACGCUGUCCUACAGCGAACUGAGACAAAAGCUGUUGGUGACUGUUCACCGGGUCGCGAAUUUACCGCUGAUCGACCCCGCCCACAUUCCAGAUCCGUAUGUCAAACUCAGGCUGGGUAGCUUGGAAAAUACCAGCGUCAAAGGGAAAACUAAAGUGGUUGUGGACAGUUGCGAUCCCAUCUUCGAGGAGGAUUUCGAGUAUUUGCUCUCGGAAAACGACCUUCCCACCCAAAAGUUGGUGGUCACUGUGAAAAAUAAAAAGUUGUUCAGUUCGAGCGUUCUCGGUCAGACUGUUAUAGGUUUGAAGGGGUUGCAAAAGGUCGAGGAACCUGUUCGUGGAUGGUACGAUUUAACCGAAGAACAGGUAUCGGAUUAGGGUAUUAAUUGCUAAACGAUCUCUCUUUUGAAUAUAGUUUGACGUAAGUAUGUGUAAAUGUCUGUUUUUAAUUUGUUUGGUAGCUAUUGAGUCAUUAAUACAAGGUUAUAAACUUAUUUGAACAACCAAUGUUUAAUGUAUUUUUUAUAUUUAUUCCUGUGUAUUAUACAGUAAAAUAUUUAACUAAAUAUUAGUAUGGUUAUAUAAAUAUUUAAUAAAGUUGAAUAA